UGAAUUGAACUGAAUUAAAAAGAUGAGGGGAAUUAGACAGGAAAUUAUCUUCCAGUGUUACAAAAAGGGGGAGAAAUUGCUUUUGAGAAUAUGGAGAAGGCAGAAAUGUUAACCAAGAACUUUGUUGAAGUCCACAGUUCAGAUAAUUUAACAGAGGAAGGGAAGCUUAGAAGGCACUGCAGCAAAUGUUAGACAUCCCAAUGUAUAAGGGAAACAAAUGUGACUCAGAGUACAGAUGUGCCUUUUACCUUCAUGAGUUGAGAAGGGCCCUUAAGUGUAAAAGGAAUGUUCUUGGAAAAGAUUAUGUAUGUUAUAUAAUGUUAUCCAAUUUAAGUAAGUUUUCAUUGGCAAGGUUACUGGAGCUGUAUAAUAAGAUCUGGGAGGAAGACAAGUUCCCAUUAGUGUGGAAAGAAGCUGUUAUUGUUCCUAUCAAAAAGCCUGUGAAAGACCUUACCAGUCCAGAUAAUUAUAGGCCUAUAGCUUUGACAUGACAUAUAAGACAAUGUAAAGGAUGGUUACAGAAACAUUAGCAUACACAGAAAAAAAGUCAAGUCAAAGUCAAGUCAACGCCGCCAUCAGCACUUCAGGUGGAAGUUGGGAAAUGUGUCUUCAUCGUAGAAGGAAACAAUUAAUGGUCAAUUAUUGGGCAAAUCUGCAGGGCCAUAAAUAUUUACACCCUACAAAAAGGUUCUAAACGUGUGUUGGGAAAGUAACAAAAUCAAAAAGGAGAGUUUUUGUGUUGUUAUUUCAGAUAUUACUAAGGAAUUAGGAAUAAACAAUUGGAACAUUAGUCAAACUGUAAUGCCACCAUGGUUACUACCUCAACCAAUAAUAGAUUUUUCCAUAUUGGAUCAAGUACAUUUAAGGAGAGAUGCAUUCAAUUUGCAGGCUUAUAUGAACACUAUUCUACAUGAGAGCUACAGAAAUAAUGUGCAUAUAUUUACUGAUGGGUCUAAAAACCCUGAUAAUGGUAAAACAGGUUGUGCAUUUUAUAUUCAGAGUUGAAAGCUAAGCUGACAAAGUGAGCAACUGACCAUAUAGCAGUAUAUUCAGUUGAAAUGAUGGCAAUUUAAUUUGCUCUACAGUGGAUAGAGGAAAUCAAACCCCUGUGAAUUCCAAUAUGCUCAGAUUCAAGUGCUGCCCUGGUUAGUCUCAAACAUACUGUUGUAGGUCAUGUAGGUUCAAGGGAAUGAAACAGUAGAUUAGGAUGUCAAAAAUGGAUUAAAAUCAAACCAAAUGCAGUUAGCAAUACAAGUAAGUAAGGCAGAAACCAACUCUCUCAUUUGGAACUAAAUUUAGACACAGUGGCACAGGUCAUGGGAUGGAGAUGUUAAAGGAAGGAAUUUGUGUCAGAUCCAGCAAGAAGUAAGGAGCGGGAAGGUCACUGGGAAAAGUAGGAAAGAAGAGCGUCUGAUUGGUAGGAUUAGACUGGGACAUAAACUAAACUAAAUUCAUGUCUACACCUCAUCAGAAUGCAUCCAAGUGGAAACUGCGAUGAAUGCAAUCAAAUGGAGACUGUGGAUCAUGUCAUCUUUGUUUGUCCUAAAUAUGCAAAUGGCAGACAGUUAUUAAAGAAUGAACUGGAACGUAAAGGAAUCUUUGUAAACAGUUCUGGAAAUUCAGUUUUGGAGCAUGUCUUCUCCUGUCUACAUCACACGGGACUGAUAAUAAGGAUAUAAGAAUUCUGUAACACUACAGUUGGCGGCGAUAAUAAUUUGCCAUCAAAAGAAGAACAACAACAGGGCUGUAAAAUGUGAAACCCUGCUUUGUUUUAAGGAUUAGGAUGAUUCUCUGAUUUAGACGAAAACAGAUAGGCCUAUUUCCAUCUUCUUCUCAAUUAUAAACAAAACACUAGGCGAUCAGAUUUCACUAUCACUAUAAAAUUGCAUACAGAAGUUUUAUUCAUUGACCCAUGACCUCAGUUUUCUAAAAAUCCGGCGCUGCUCCUGCCUGGUCUGUGAUGUUCACUAGUCCAGGCUAAUCUUUGCAGUGGGUUUGGGUAGUGACCAUGAAUAGUACUGUAGGCCUCUAGAUUUAUAGCCUGCGGACGAUGCCCUUUUUUUUUUUGUAUAGCCUGAAAUAUUUUCUACAUACAGAAAAAAGCAACAGUAUUAAUCUUGUUUUGCAAAACCAAAUGCAAUAACUAAUGAUAUGUAUACCAGCGCUCAUACGUACCUCAUUCAACACAAACAUACACAUAUAAAGUCCCCAAACCUAGCAUUAUUUUAAGUAGCAACUAAGAUGUUAUUUUCACCUUUUUCUUCAGGGCCAUGUGCACUUUAUUUGAAUUUAAAGCUUCUAUUGCAAUCAGUUUUUUGAUGCACCCAUGGACUUUUGAUGUUUACAUGUUUUUUAUCUGGACAUUUUGCUGUUUUUUUUUGUGCCCUUAUCCUGAAGAAACAAUGUUUCAUCUCAGCUGCCAUUUAUGGUUGAAUGGACAGUUAAAUUAAACUUGAAACGUGACUAUGAAGUGAAAAGGGGGAAAAGUCAUUUUAUUCCAUUUUUUUUUUUCAUGUGUACAGUAUGUAGGUGUGUUGUUGAUGUGAUGUGCGGUACUAUGUAGGCUAUUUGUGCCAUCUGGAAUGAAGUGAACUGAACAGAAAUCAACGACUUCAAAGUGCACAGCGGUUAUCUCUGUUUGUUCAAAUCAACCGCGUAUACAGCAGCACCAUCUGCUGGUGAUAUAUGUUUAAGGCACGUAAAACUAUUAGGCUGUAUUAAUUUUAAAUCUGAUAUUUUCUAAUAACUUAGAUAUUUACCAGUUUUGGUCACAGUUAAUUUAUAAUGGAUAGAUAACCACACAAAUAUAUACAAUGAUGAAAAUGUACAAUAUGUAGGCAUAAUUUAUAUUUGACAACAUGGUGAUUUGUUUCAGCGAGCAUCAUUGGCAGGCGAGCUCGUUGUUUAUUGUUAUGGACCAAUAGGAAGCGACCCAGGAAUCCAGCAGCUCCGGAACGGAAGCAUAUAUUCUGCAUCUAUAAACAUUUCAAAGCAGCCAUGAUAGAAUCCUACUGCCGAGCCGUGAGAAAAUCCUCAGUCUUGUUUACAACACAGAAUCAGACUCAUCUCGCAUAGCCUAAAUGAAGUUAAAGUUCUAGGCGACCGUAAAUAAUAAUAACAAUGGGGUGACAGAGAGCGACUGCCUGGAAGAAAUGGACUGCACUUCCAAGGGAACUGGCUGAAUUUAAGAUGACCUGUUAACAUGUCGUUCAGACUGCUGGCAGAUGAAGGACUGAAGGAACCAAACUAGAGGAGGAUUAACUCUCAGGAACUACUUCAUCACACUGUAUACAGAUAAUUGCAUCCUGGUGGCUGAACUUUGUGAGAGGACUUCCUUAAGGGAGCCACCAUCCAGAAGCCAACAUGGCUGACAGAGUGAAUACAUUGCCCUUCUUUUAUGGCAAUAUCACCAGGGAGGAGGCGGAGGACUAUCUGCGGCAGGCAGGUAUGAGCAACGGCUUAUACCUGCUACGGCAAAGCCGAAACUAUCUCGGAGGCUUUGCACUGUCGGUGUCAUAUUCAGGCCGCUGCUACCACUACACCAUUGAAAGAGAACCCAAUGAAACAUAUGCUAUAGUUGGUGGUAAGAGCCACAGGACCCCUGUGGAUGUGAUUGACUACCACUCCCAGGAGAUGGAUGGCCUUGUGUGUCUGCUAAAGAAGCCCUGCAACAGGCCCAAGAACAUGCAGCCAAAGGUGGGGCCAUUUGAGGACCUGAAGGAAAAACUGAUCCGGGAGUAUGUAAAGCAGACCUGGAACCUGCAGGGAGCAGCUCUGGAGCAGGCAAUCAUCAGCCAGAGGCCUCAGCUGGAGAAGCUCAUUGCCACCACUGCACACGAAAAAAUGCCCUGGUUCCAUGGAGCAAUAACACGAGAAGACUCUGAGCCCAGGCUUCAAAAUGGCUCCCGUGCAAAUGGAAAAUUCCUGAUCCGACAGAGGGAUCUGAAUGGAUCCUAUGCUCUGUGUUUACUACAUGAAGGACAAGUCAUGCAUUAUCGCAUUGACAGGGACAGGACUGACAAGCUGUCUAUCCCAGAUGGCAAGAAGUUUGACACCCUGUGGCAGCUGGUGGAGCACUACUCAUACAAACCAGACGGCCUGCUGCGAGUGCUAACAGUGCCCUGUCCAAGACCUGAAGGAGAAAUUGGUCUGAUAGGACGGCCACUGCUCCCACGGGACCAUCCUGGAUUAAGUUCUGCCCUUCAAAAUGCAGCAGGUGGAAUUCUCUCCAGACUCAGAACUGUUCCCAUACCUGGCAGAAAAAAGAGCAGAGGACCUCGACACAACACCACAGAUAAUCUCAAUCCUUAUGAAAUGAGGGUGCCCAAUAAUCAAGAAGCCAGCAAAGAGGCCAUGCCAAUGGACACAGAAGUAUAUGAGAGUCCAUACGCAGACCCAGAUGAACUCAGGAGUUCCACAGUGGAUCGCAACCAGCUCUUCCUGGAGGAUGGAGAACUGGGCUCUGGGAACUUUGGUACAGUCACGAAGGGCAUCUACAAGAUGAGAAAGACAGAGAAGCCAGUUGCAGUCAAAAUCCUGAAGAAUGAUGAUAACAACCCAUCAGUGCGUGAGGAAAUGCUGCGAGAAGCCAAUGUCAUGCAGCAGCUGGACAAUCCUUAUAUUGUCCGGAUGAUCGGUAUCUGUGAGGCAGAAAACCUCAUGCUGGUCAUGGAGCUGGCCGAGCUGGGACCGCUCAACAAGUUCCUGCAGAAAAACAAGCAAACAACCAUAAAGAACAUCACAGAGCUGGUCCACCAGGUGUCUAUGGGGAUGAAGUACCUGGAGGAGCAUAAUUUCGUCCACAGGGACCUCGCUGCCAGGAACGUGCUGCUGGUCACGCAGCACUACGCCAAGAUCAGUGACUUCGGCCUCUCCAAAGCUGUCGCUGAGGAGCAAAACUACUACAAGGCCAAGGCUCAUGGGAAAUGGCCAGUGAAAUGGUACGCUCCUGAGUGUAUAAACUACUUCAAAUUCUCAUCCAAAAGUGAUGUGUGGAGCUUUGGGGUGCUCAUGUGGGAGGCCUACUCCUGUGGCCAGAAACCAUACAAGGGAAUGAAAGGAAAUGAUGUCAUGCAGAUGAUUGAAAGUGGACAGCGUAUGGAUGCCCCAGCGAACUGUCCACCAGAGAUGUAUGACCUCAUGAGGACCUGUUGGACAUACAAGGUGGAUGAAAGGCCUGGAUUUUCUGUUGUUGAGCCAAGACUACGAGAGUAUUAUUAUGACAUUGCACAGUGAUUCUUCAUGGAUGGAUGUUAGGCGACUAUGCAAACUAUUGGUGGAUGAGAAAAACUGCAUUUAAUCAUGUAUGAAUGACUUGAGAUGGUUAUGAAUUAUAAAUUAUAAAUGCUGUUGGAAAAUAUUGACUUCAGCUGGAGGGCUCAUUAUAGCUUUUGAACAUAGAGCAUAAUUAUGCAAAUUACAUUUAUUUUAUUACUUUUCUUGUUCCUUCCUUAAUGUAAACAAUAUGAACGUUUUAAUAAACAGAUAUAAGUCCAGCUUAUUCUAUGAACAAACAUUCAUGUUACAGCUAACAAACUACACUGAUUCAUUUGGUAGAUGUGUUUCAUACUGUAAGUGCAGUGUAUUAAGUAUAAUUAAGUACUAUAAGUGCAGUGUAUGCAAUGUAUUAUAGCUGCAUAAUUGCAAUGUCAUUAUAGUUAAACCAAAAAUCCUUGAAUCCUUGAAUGACGGUCUGAUUGUUUCAGUGUUUUAGAGAGUAAGGACUGCUUAUCAAUAGUGGGUGUUUCUGUACUUGCAUAUGAAUAAAUUCCAUCACUGUGACUCAUAA